UAGCUCGCGGUCUUUGUCAUCGAUUGACUCGUGGGAGCAUGAGGUAGGAUCUUGUGAGGACCAGAGCUAUGUUGGACGCUCUCCUUAUCGAUUCACCGUUAUACAGUCCAUAAACUUUGUUCUUUUACAUCAGAUUAUUGACCCAUCAGUAGUCGCGCUAGUGUAUUUUGUACAACACGUUGUAAAAACUUGCUUAUUAUGGUUUUCGAUCGCGCGACUAUUUGUUGUUUUAACAUUUUGAAUCCCAAAUAAAAGCAUAUCUUCCUGCUGCAGUCAUUCACCUGCGUUUAAGCAUCGCUCGCAUUCUAAUGUUCACAUCAAACGCCUGGUCGACAAGAGAAGAAAUAAACAAGUUCCUAGCCAAGCCAAUCGUAACUAGUAAAAAGCAACAGGUUUGGUUGCUUCAGUGCUGUUCGAGUGUUUAACUUGAGUGGACGGUGUUUUAUUUUUUUGAUUUAAUAUAACAUAAAGUGCAUGAUGAUUCGACCGAAAACAUCAUACUUUUCUGCAUUGGUACUGGUAUUACUGUUCAGCAUCAACUCAACCCACCAGGAAAAUCCCCUUCAAUGUGGGAUUCCCCAAAUCUCCAAGACCGAGCUGAUAGUGCAGGGUCGCGACACUGCAGCCGGUGAUUGGCCUUGGCAUGCAGCUAUUUACCACAGGGAAGGUCCGUCGGAGAAUUACGCUUGUGGUGGAACGCUUAUCAGUGAACAGUUCGUACUAACGGCAGCGCACUGCACCAUCAAUCCUCGAAAUCGGUACAAAUUGGCGAUAGGCAAGAUCUUUGUGCGACUUGGAGUAUACGAUUUGUAUGAUUUGAACACGCAGGCACUGCAGCAGCAUGGCAUCUAUAAAAUUCAUCAACCGGCCAAUUUUACCGGCUUGGACUUCAGGAGCGAUAUUGCCAUCCUGGAACUGAACACCUUGGCAAGACUCAACGAUUAUGUUCAACCGGCCUGUGUGAGUGUUGCCGACAGUCUUACGGGACAGCAUGGAACUGUGAUAGGCUGGGGAGUAACUGAAAAGGACGUUACUUCUCCGACAUUGAAAAGCGCUGGAAUGCCAGUUAUCGAUAUCGCGGAUUGUUUGGCAAGCAAUCGAGAUGUGUUCGGUGCAACUCUUGAUAAAAGCAUAUUCUGCGCUGGCUACUUGAAUGGAACUAACGUCUGCAAUGGAGACAGCGGCGGAGGAAUAUUCUUCCAAGUGGCGAACGCAUGGUAUUUGGGUGGAAUUGUAUCCUACUCCCAAAAGCGUGAUAAUAAUGACCUAUGCCACACCAAGAGUUACGGAGCCUUCACCAAUGUUCAACUGUACCUGCCUUGGAUUUCGUCGGUAACAAAUCUUACGUUCGGUAACGCCGAUGAUGAACUAACAGCAGAGGAUUUACGUCCAGAUUUCGAUCAUUGCGAAGUGAUAGAGCCGGACCCAUCAGCAACAUAUCCCAACUUACUACCUCGUAACUGCGGCCGUUAUACCGUCAACCGCAUUGUCCAGGGUAGCAGAGCAAGCGUUUUUGAGUUUCCCUGGAUGGCUCUUUUCAGAUAUAGCGUAGAUCCAGAUCAAGAACUAGAAAACAUUUGUGCAGGUACCCUCAUCAAUAAACGCUACGUUCUCACGUCAGUCAAUUGCGUCAAAUCCAGCAAAAUGCCUUUAAAGGUUCGGUUAGGUGAACACACGAUUGGAAACGACAGAGAUUGUAAUGGCGUUGGCGAGGAUAGCGAUUGUGCUCCACCGGUUCGUGACUACGGCAUUGAAUGUGUUAUCCGACACCAACGUUUUCAUCCACGAUCGAGAAUUCACAACAUCGCUUUGGUUCGACUGAAUAGAGAUGUAGCGUUUGAUGAUCACAUUCAACCGAUUUGUUUACCAGCCACAAAAUCCCUGGAGUCACUCAAUCCCGAGAGAUACAUCGUAACGGGUUGGGGUGCAACCGGGGAUCAGGACCGAUAUUCCAAGAUUUUGCGGAAAGCAGUGGUCAUACCGGCCGAGCGUUCUGGCUGCCAGAGCUGGAUGAAUGUCAUUGGGUGGCAACUGGAGCCGAGUCAGCUUUGCGUGGGAGAAGCGGAUGGCGCAGAUGCGUGCCGAGGGGAUGGGGGUGGACCCCUGGGCUACAGUGCCAACUACCAUGGGCAGAGCUUUGUGCAGUUUGGAAUUGUCUCGCAUGGAUCUGGUUGCGGUGUUUUGCCGUCCGUGUACACCAAAGUGGCGUUCUAUAUGCCCUGGAUAAGGGCGAAUAUGAAACCGUGAGAGCAAUAGAAGAAGUUGGAAGCGUAUGAUUAGGAUUGAACUUUACGAUGUAAGCCACAUUGGUUUUAACAAUGUUGUAAAUACACUGAAACCUGUUUUACGAAGUAA